AUGUUUGCUAUUAGAGAUUUUGAAAGUGAACACACGUGUUUGUUGCUACAUAAUUCAUUAUCGAAAAGACAAGCAACCAAGACAGUUGUUGGGAGUAUUAUUAUUGCCAAAUGUAUUGAUUCAGAUGCCAACUACACACCAAGAGAUAUACAAAAUGACAUGUUACAGGAAUAUGGUGUGCGACUCACAUAUAUGCAAGCUUGGAGGGCUAAAGAAAAAGCUCUUGAAUUAGUCGGAGGUGAUCCAGUUCAAUCAUAUGCAAAGUUUCCAAGUUACUUUCACAUACUAGAGGCAACUUAUCCUGGUUCUUAUAUAAGAUUAUACAAAUUAGAGGAUGACCAUUUUCUAAAUGCAUUUGUAGCUCUGUUUACAUCGAUAAAAGGAUGGGAGUAUUGUAGACUAAUUGUAGUUGUUGAUGGAACUUUUCUAAAAGGAGCAUACAAAGGGACAAUGCUAACAACUAACACCUUAGAUGCAAUAGGGAGUACACUGCCGCUUGCUUAUGUCAUUGUUGAUUUAGAGAAUGAUGCAUCUUGGAGGUGGUUUUUUGAACAAUUCAGAGAGGCAUUUCGUCAACAAUCAGAGAUGUGUAUCGUUUCGGAUAGGCAUGCAAACAUUAUUAAGGCAACUUCAAUAGUCUAUGAUGAAAUACCUUAUUUUGCGUGUAUAUGA